AUGUUCGACCCAUUAGAUCUCUACGAUGCUGAUAAAAAUAACAGUUCGGUAGCAUUAGAUUUUGAACCGUCAUUCGAACUAGAUCAACAGUUAUCCACGGGAGUAGAUGAGAAACUGGAGGACAGCAAAUUAUUAGAAAAUGAUGAGGACGAUGAAGAUAGUUUACUUGGACCAAUAUAUGUCUUGGAUCUUCCAUAUGUUGCAUAUGCUUCACCCGAAGUUAUCCUGGCAACGUUGCAUUUAUUACGUCCUGAAACACAAGUAAACUUCCAAUCUACAGAGGCUGUCACAACUGAAGCUAUAUGCAAGUCAAAGGAUCUUGAUAAAAAAUUACAAAAUAAUAUUGUGGAAUGGUAUUUGAAUUCAAUUCAAAAUAAAAAAUUAAAUACCAUUGAAAAAAUUUGUAAUAAAAUACCUUCAUUAGUUAAUGCAUCAGAAACUGAAAGAUCUGCAUUAUUAAAUUAUUAUACAUCUAUUUUAAAAAGAUAUGAAAAUUCAAGUAAUACUUCACCACUAAAGUUCGAUAUUUUGAAGGAGGUAAGUCUUAGAAUUGCAGAAUGCUGUGGACGUUCUGCCAUACCGUCUAUGUCUCGGGAUUUUAAAUUCGAUAAUAUGAACACCAUGGUUUCCUUAUUUGAACCGUCACUUACAAAUGAUAAUCUUGGUUGGAAAACUUGGGGUGCAUCAUUAAUUUUAUCGAAAAUUCUUAUUGAAAAUUUUAAUUCUACAACAAACUUCAAACCAAAAAAGUCCAAUGAGCCAUUGAAUGUUCUGGAAUUAGGAGCAGGUACUGGUUUGGUGGGGAUCUCGUGGGCAUGUAAAUGGAAAGAAGAAUAUAAUUUGGUAAACUCCAACAUACAAAUGUUCGUGACAGAUUUGCCAGAAAUAUUAGAAAAUUUGAAAAAGAAUGUAACACAUAAUAAUGUUGGAGACUUCGUAACAACUGAUGUUUUAGAUUGGACCAACCCAAAACCUUUCGUUGAGAAAUACAAUGUAAAAGAAAAUUCUUUUGAUAUUAUAUUGGUAGCUGACCCAAUAUAUUCUCCGAAUCAUCCAGAAUGGGUUGUAAACAUGCUCUCCAAAUUCUUAAAAACUGACGGAAAAUGUUUUUUGGAAAUCCCAAUAAGAUCUAAAUAUGCUAAAGAGAGGGAAGUACUCAUUCAACUUCUGCAAGAAAAUAAUUUUGAAGUAUUGAAUGAACGAUAUGACCAAGGUGUGGAUGAUUGGGGUUCAGUUAAAUAUCUCUAUAGAGAAAUUGUAUUAAGAAAUUAA